AUGUCAGAUGCUUGGACGGAUAAGAGGCAAAGGAGCAUUAUUAAUUUUCUUAUAAACUCUCCAGCUGGGAUAAUGUUUUUGAAGUCUAUUGAUGCUUCUGAUUAUGUGAAGACUGGUGAGAAAUUAUUUGAGCUUCUUGAUGAUGUUGUGGAGGAAAUUUGUGAGCAAAACAUUGUUCAAGUUGUAACUGAUAAUGGGAGCAAUUAUGUUCUUGCCGGAGGUUCAUUACAACUCAUAAAGACAGUUGAGGAAGCUCAAAAUUUGAUAUACACUAUGACAAACAACCAAUACUUCUAUGGUCAUCAAAGGCAAUGCCAACCAGCUCAAAGGAAGGGUGUAUUGGAGCUGGAAGGUACGGACACCAUUUUAGCUCAAAACAAGCAAACAGCAGCUGAAAGAGAACCCAAUACACUGCCAAGUGAUACCAUUCCCAACCCCAAGGAAGAAUGUAAAUCAAUUCAACUGAGUGGAAGGACAUUGGAGAGUAAUAAAGAAGCCACCAAGAAGCCAACUGAGGGUGAUCAGGCCAACAGCAAGGAAAAAGUGACAAUUAAGGAGAAAGACCAAGAAAAGCUCAAAGAAAAAGAGGAACAUCCACAAGCUUCAAAGAAGGGAAAGGAAGUCAUGGAGGAGCAAUCACAAGAACAGAGGAAAAUGGUGAAGACUCACACUCCUCCUCUGCCAUAUCCUCAAAGAUUUCAAAAGGAGAUCAAGGAUCAACAGUUCCCAAAGUUUUUAGAAGUCUUUAAGAAACUGGAGAUCAACAUUCCACUUGCUAAAGCUUUAGAGCAGAUACCUCUAUAUGCUAAGUUUCUCAAAGAGCUCAUCAACAAGAAGAGGAGCUCGAAUGAAAAAGAGACGGUGAUCUUGACACAAGAAUGUAGUGCAGUGAUCCAAGAAGGCAUCCCACCAAAACUCAAAGACCCUGGGAGCUUCUUCUUGCCUUGUACCAUUGGUAACAUAAUCAUUGACAAGGCACUGUGUGAUUUAGGAUCCAGUAUCAACCUGAUGCCUUUGUCUAUGAUGAGAAGGCUAUCUAUAGAAGAAGUGAAGCCUACACAGAUGUCAUUGGAGCUAGUGGAUAGAUCUCUGGUAAUUCCCAAUGGGGUGAUUGAAAAUCUCUUGGUCAGAGUGGGAAAAUUCAUAUUUCCAGCCAGGGACGGAUCUAGAAAUGUUGUUAUGGGGAGGCCAAUAAUAUAUAUAAUAUAA